AAAAGCUGUUAGCAGCUCCUGUGGCCAGAAGCUUCAAAACCAGCAGAGUUUUGUUCUUUGGGGGGUUGUAAUAAGAGACACUCCUUCACAAAGGUUCUUAUCAUCACAUAGGAGAGUGCUAUAUAUACUGGGAGAACAAUAGGCUGUAUUCUUUUUUGGUAUUAUCCAGAGAUCUGUUUUCUACUGCCCUGACUUAAAGCAGAGUACCUCUGUGGCCUGUCUUUCUCCUUUGGCCCCAAAAUGACAGUAAUCGCUGCGAUCAGUUGUGCUUUCUUGUUUUCCAUUCUCUGUGAAACAAGUGCAUUAGUGUUACCCAACUCCACUGACCUACUCCUGUCAAACAAUAAUUUCACUGACAUUGAGACGGCUUUGGCAGCUCAUCUGGACUCUGCAAAAAUUCCCAAAGCCAGGCGGAAGCGCUACAUUUCACAGAAUGACAUGAUUGCCAUUCUUGAUUAUCAUAAUCAAGUCAGAGGCAAAGUCUUCCCACCUGCUUCCAACAUGGAAUACAUGGUUUGGGAUGAAACUCUCGCCAAAUCUGCAGAGGCCUGGGCUGCUACAUGCAUUUGGGACCAUGGACCUUCCUACUUACUGAGAUUCUUGGGCCAGAACCUGUCUGUAAGAACUGGAAGGUAUCGAUCUAUUCUCCAGCUGGUAAAGCCGUGGUACGAUGAGGUGAAGGAUUAUGCUUUCCCUUAUCCUCAGGAUUGCAACCCCAGGUGCCCCAUGCGAUGUUAUGGACCCAUGUGCACCCAUUACACACAGAUGGUUUGGGCCACUUCCAAUCGUAUAGGCUGCGCAAUCCACACAUGCCACAAUAUGAACGUCUGGGGAUCUGUUUGGCGACGAGCAGUUUACUUGGUAUGCAACUAUGCCCCAAAGGGGAAUUGGAUUGGAGAAGCACCAUAUAAAGUUGGAGUCCCAUGUUCAGCUUGUCCUCCAAGCUAUGGAGGUUCUUGUACCGACAAUCUUUGUUUCCCAGGAGUAACAUCAAACUACUUAUACUGGUUUAAAUAAGUUAAGGUUUACAUUAUUUUUUAAAAAAAAAGAACAUGGAUGAGUAACAAGAAGCUUGUAUAUUGAAUUUUGCACAUAUUAUAUAGAGAGAGAUAUUGUAAUAAUACUCUGAUGUUUUCUUUUUGUAUGCUUUUGUAUAAUUAGCUUUCAAAGUAUAGUAUAAUUUGGUUUUAACACUUUGGGAUUUAAGACUCACAUUAACCCUCUUAGAUUAACAUUUUGUUAAAGGAGAGCAAACUAAUUUUCACCAUAGCAAGUGUAGCUUCCUGAAGAUUAAGGUCUAUUAAAAGCACAUUAAAAGAUA